GGCUAGGUUUCUCGAUGCUGUGAGGAGAGAGUGCCCUUUGCGCAGUGGCGUUAUCGACCCCAAGUGCUGCAUAAUCUUCCCCGCGGCCUUGCAGAGGGAUGGGGAGCCAGCUGUUAACGGCGGGGCAGGUCCCGGCUGCCACAGUCGCUUUUACUACUCCGGCACUACCCGCAUAAACCUCACAACCCCGCCACGGGCUCCCUGAGCACUGUGGAGACACAAAACACCCUACGUUAGUCCCGGACUGCUGUGAGGGGCUUGCGGCCGUGUCGGCGGCAGGGCCGUGCCCGCAGGGCGGGUGAGAGCGGAGGCCCGAGCUGACCCGGCCGCGGCCGGCAGGGGGCGCCACAGCUCCGUCCUCCGCCCGGCACGUUCGCGCCUGCGCACCGGCCCAGCCGGCAGGGCGCGUGCGCACCGUGCCCCCGCGCAGUCCAACCGAUGCUCCUCGGCCGGCCUUGAGGGGCCGUGCGCAUGCGCACCGCCCUCUUGCUGCCCCCUCCCACCCUACCGCACCCCCCCGGCCGCUCGGCGGGCGAUGUGGAAGGAAUCCCGGGACUGCUGAGCGGGCCGAGGCCCGGCGGGGCUCCCGGCGACCUCCGGCGGCGCUGCCAGCCGGGCCCGCGCGGCAGAGCCGGGAAGGACGCGGACCCUCAGUCGGGCGCUGAGGUCAGAUGCUUCCAUCGGUCGCGAGGAAGAGGAGCAGAGUCGGGACCUGCUAAGUGCUGAUCUGCUUGUGCUCCGGACCAUGGACUCAUUGAGGGCGUCCCAGGUGUGAAAAUGUACAGCAGUAACCGGGAGUUAGUGAUUGACUUUGUUUCCUACAAGCUCUCACAGAAAGGAUACAGCUGGAGUCAGCUGGAGGAGGAGGAUGAGAACAGGACUGACUUUGCAGGGGAGGAGGACGAGAUGGACGGGGUCCUCAACGGGAGCCCCUCCUGGCACGCGGCCACCAGCCACAUAGUGAACGGAGCCAGCGUGCACCAGAGCAGCCUCGAAGUCCAUGAGAUCCGUCGAGCAGCCAACGUGAGGCAGGCGCUGAGAGAGGCGGGGGAUGAGUUUGAGCUGAGGUACCGGCGGGCGUUCAGCGACCUCACUUCCCAGCUCCACAUCACUCCCAGCACAGCGUAUCAGAGCUUUGAGCAGGUAGUGAACGAACUGUUCCGCGAUGGAGUGAACUGGGGCCGCAUCGUGGCUUUCUUCUCCUUCGGGGGAGCCUUGUGCGUGGAGAGCGUGGUUAAGGAGAUGCGGGUGUUGGUGAAACGCAUCGUGUCUUGGAUGACCACGUACUUGACCGACCACUUAGAUCCCUGGAUCCAGGAGAAUGGCGGAUGGCUGCUCUCAGUAAUGUCAUUCCGCCUGCUCAUCCUGCUCCUCUCUGACGCUGGAGCCGUGUCCCUGGAGCACUGCCCGGGGUCUCUCUCUGCUUCAGCAGCAGUGGGGUGUCCCAGCACAGCAGAAAGGGCGCGCUUUGUGGACCUCUAUGGGAACGAUGCUGCUGCCGAGGUGAGAAAAGGCCAGGAGACCUUCAACAAAUGGCUCCUGACCGGGGCGACGGUGGCCGGAGUGCUUCUGCUGGGAUCCCUGCUGAGCCGCAAGUGAGCCGCCGCCGAGCCCCCGUGGCCAGGACGGCCGCGCCUUCACCGCCACAUCCACUACACUCCGCUCCCGAGCACCGGCACAGGGGCAGCCCCUCCAUCCCAGCCGAGCACCCUGCUCCGUGGAGCUUCCUCCCUCGUGCCGCCAGCUCCUUUAUUGUAGCCCGUCUUAUUUACUGUUCCGUUGUGUUUUAAAGGCGCUGAGGCCAAUGCAGCACUUCAGCCAGCAGCUCCCAGCGCUGGGGAGAUCCAGGCAGCUGGGGGGGGCACAGGCUAGAAGGUGUCCCAGCCCUGCAGGGUUCUCCAAAUAAUUUGGAAGAGAAUAAACAGACUUAUUUUUGCAUGUGUGAGUGCGUGCGUGUGUGUAGAUGUGUCACUAAUAUAAAGUUCCCCAGCCAGAGCAAGGGUCAGGCUCCGUGCCCCCGUCUCUGGCAUGCUCAGGCACCAGGACGAGACGGGCUGCCCAGCGGGAUGGAGCUUCCCUGCAGCAUCCCUAUCCCGUCCUUGCUUCUCCAGUCAGAGAUCCCUGUGGCAGGGGGAGCAAGAGGAGGAGGCAGAGGCCAGAGGUGAGGGGCUCUGCCCUCGGUCAGAAUUCCUUUCUCCCCGCAUACUCAGUUUCUGGGAGCUGCGGCCUGUCCCAGAUGAGGAUGGUGUGCCAGGCCCAGAGCUGUGCAUGGUUUGAAGGGUUCUUUGUCUUCUUCCUCCUCCUCACUCCAAAUAUAGAUGGCUGUGGGACAGUGCUCAUCCCUUCUCAGCCUGUUCCUCUGGGCUGGCAAAGGAAGGAGGCAGGAAAGGGGGAGACUGUCCCUGGCACAAAGGGCUUUGCAGAGAGCAGGGGCUGUGGUGUCCAGGAACCCAGAGCUGGGGAUCAGAAGGGUCAGGGGAAGCACCUUCACAGGGGUGGCAAAGCCCAGGGAGCAGCUGAUUCAUGAGAUGAGCAGGGAAGCAAGCCCAGGGGAGAUGGAAGUGGGGGCUGGCACUGGCUGAGAGCCAUCUCCACCUCCGGGGAGCCUCUUUGGGGACAAUAGGAGCUGUUGGCCUCUCCACUGCUGUUCCCCGUGUUCCCAGUCCCAUAGUGCAGGCAGAUCCCUGUGCCCAUGCGUGGCUGUGAUGGCUGCAUGCAGUGACUGAGGUGUCUGGCUUCCCUCCCCCUCAUUCCUACGCUGCUCCUGCUGCUGGAGCAGGGAACCUCCGGCCUUUGAGCUGAAAUUAGCUUCCAGAAUAAACGCCCUCAUCCUUCGGAGCCCACCGCGGGCAGACACAGCUGUCCACAGCUUGUCCGUGUACAUACUGCCCGCGCUCUGCUGUACAUAUACGAGUAGUUUUUAAUUCAUUUGUGAAUACUAUUAAUGCUAUUUUUGUUAUCUUGUCUGUCCGUAUUUAUGUGUGGGACCGUGCUCCCUGCAGAGGCCAAGCUGGGAUGGAGGUGAGGGGAGAACCGGAGGUUCCAGGGGGGCUCACUUGGCCACUGAGCACGGACUCGCGCUGCCCAUGUCGGACCCACUCAGAUCCCGCGUGGGGAGCUCGAGGAUUAGCAUUAGCCCAUUGAACGCUUCGGUUUGCAGGUGGAGGUGAAUCCACAAAUAAAUUUGUCAUUCGA